AUGUAUAUUAUUAGAAGGCGAUUUGCUUUUAUACAAAUUAGUAUUUUAAAAAAAAUUUUAAUAUUUAUUGGUGGAACAGUAUUUUUAUAUUUAAUUUUGGUAAAUAUAUAUUUUCCUAAUUAUUUCUCAAACUCUUCCGAUCAUAUAUUAAUAGUUAAUAAAAUUAUAUCUCAACAACAAGAAAAUAUUGGAAGUAUAAAAGAUAUUAGUAACGUUAUAGAGAGUAACCAAAUAAAAUAUGAAAACAAAAUAAAUUAUUCAAUACUUUCUUCAUAUGAUAGAAAAAAAAAUAAAACGAAAAUUAAGGGAAGUAUCAUGAAUAGUAUAAAAGAAAAAUAUAUUAAACUAAAAAAAAUUGAGUUAAAGAAAUGCCUUUCAAUUGAUGAAUUACAAAUUACAGGUAAAAUUGGACAAGGUUUAUUAUUACUAGAAGAAUUAACAUUAGAAGAAGUUCAAUUAGUUCACAAAGAUAUUAAUAUAGGAGGAAGCUGGAAACCAAAUGAUUGUAUUCCAUUAUCUAAAGUGGCUAUUGUUAUACCAUAUCGUGAUAGAGAAAGUCAUUUAACUAGAAUUAUAGCUUUUUUAAUUCCAAUAUUACAAAAACAAAAAUUAGAUUUUAGAUUUAUAGUAACUGAACAAAUUGGUGAUGAUUUAUUUAAUAAAGGAAGAAUUAUGAAUGCUGCUUUUAUUUAUGCUGAAUCAUUAAAUGUUAAUUGUGUUAUUUUUCAUGAUGUUGAUAUGUUUCCACAAGACUACAGAACACCAUAUAAUUGUCCUCAAACACCACGACAUUUAGGUGCUUAUGUUAACAAUUUGGGUUAUCAAUUAUGGUAUCCUGAAAUUGUUGGUGGUGUUUUAGCUAUUAAUAUUAAUGAUUAUCGUAAAGUUAAUGGGUAUUCAAAUAUGUAUUGGGCAUGGGGUGGUGAAGAUGAUGAUAUGGGUAAAAGAAUUAUGAGUAACAAUUACACAAUAGAGCGUCCAAAUCCAGAUAUCGCAAAAUAUUCAAUGUUAAAACAUGUUAAAAGAAAAAGAACUGCACCAAAAUUAAUUUAUAAUUUAUUAAAAAAUGCUGCUGAAAGAUGGCCUAUUGAUGGUUUAAAUGAAACUAAUAAAUGGAAAAUUGAAAAUAUAACAAUAAAACCUUUAUAUCAUCAUUUAUUUGUUAAUGUAUUUGAACCACCAAAAGAAUGGAGACCUACUACAUUUUAA